CUGCGCAAGCAAUAGGUUCUUUUCUUCCCCUAUAUUAUUAUCCACGUCUAGAGAAAAACAAGCCUUUUUUCAUUCAUCAUUCUCUCUCUUACAUGGAACCAAACAAAUUCUGAGCAGAACAUAACUCAGUACCUUAACGUAACAUGUUUUCUGGUUGACUUUGAUUGGGACGAUGAUGUUGUUGCAACAAUCAACCUUAUGUGUUAAUCCUUCCUCCCAAUUUCCCUCCCUUGUCAGCCAAAGGAACCCACUUCGUCUUCACCAACAACUGGGUUCCUUUCAUUUUCCUAGAAAGGUUAAAGCUUCUACCUUUAUAGUUUCUGCUUCUCUUGGUGCUGGUUUUUUCAAUGACAUCGCUCAAAUUGCGCAGAAUAAGGUUCUGGUUGCAGCUGGAGUUUCAAUGGCAAUUGGGCAAUUUUCUAAGCCAUUUACUUCUGUGUUUCUGUAUGGUAAAGAGUUCGAUGUCAAGGCUCUUAUUCAAGCUGGAGGUUUCCCUUCAUCACACUCUUCUGCAACAGUGGCUUGUGCAACACUCCUUGGCCUUGAGAGAGGCCUCUCAGAUCCUAUUUUUGGUCUUGCACUUGUCUAUGCUGGCCUAGUUAUGUAUGAUGCUCAGGGUGUAAGAAGAGAAGUAGGGAUUCAUGCUAGGACAAUGAACAGACUACUUCUCCACAUGCAUUCCAAACAUAAAGAUGCUUUGAUCAACUCUCAAUCUGGUUCAUCCAAUCCACCAAAACUUGAAGAAACUCAUGAAAAGUCCCUUUUGUCCCAAGAAACCACUUCUUUGGAAGCACAGCAUGUCAAUGCAUGUGUAUUAGUUAAAUCAGAAGGCAAAAUAAGGCCAAGUGAUGAGGAGUUACUAUCCUCCUCUGGCUUCUCAGAAGAAAUAUCAAAUUUGGUUGAUGAUGGCUUACUACCAUUUAAAGAAUCUAUUGGUCAUACUGAUGUUGAAGUCAUAGCUGGUGGUUUACUUGGAUUUUUGGUGGGUUUGGCUGUGUUUAAUUUAAAGUAAAGUCUUUAGUUUUUGAUGAGCUAUUUUAUAACGAUAUAGCUUAUAUUGAAUAGGUUAUAGAUAUGAAAGUCAAAAAGAGAGUUCAGGUCGGUUAUAGCUGGAUUUAUGAUUGGAUUCGUUGAACAAAUAUUAUGUGUAUCAUAAAAUAUUUAUUUUUUAUCAAAUGGUAACAAAAUGAUAGGUUCAUGAAAUUAGUUAAGUUAGAAUGAAAAUUUAUUUUAAUUGGGCUUUUAUUUUAUGUAUUGUUUAGUUGAGCUUUUUAACUUUUAAACCUUUUUAUUUGAGGAUCCACAACUAUAACCAUAUAUGCAUUCUCAUUAAGAGAUUUGAGAUUAUUAAUGAAUAAAAAAGUUAUCUUAAUUUUUCCUCAGAUAGUUAUUGUAGUGUUCUCCCCUUUUCAAUUUAGGAACCCUAAUUCUUAAUAGGAAAAAUCUUCCUAUCAUAAAAUAACAAAAUAAGAUGUCUCUUCAUAUUUUUGUACUAUAAUAGCAUAGAAUUUUGUGAAAAAAAAGUGCAUAUAAUUUCUCAAUUGCGAUGUUUGACACGCGCCAGUCUGAUAAUUGUAUGGCAUGUGUUGAAAAAAACACACAAGUAUGUAGCUGGCUUGAAGUGUCAAUGGUUCUCCAUAAAGACACAGUUUAAUUCAUUUUGAUCAGUUCAUGAGAUUGAUUAACAGCGGUAGAAUCUACUCUCAACGAUUAUCCGUGGUCUGGUUCGCAUGUAUAUGGUCCAUUUAGAAGGCAAGAAAUGGAAAGAUAUUUCAUAAUAUCGAACUCCGCUUGGCCAAUAUGUUUGAAGAGGUGCAGAUAUCAUCCUGGAAGUGGCUCAGUAUCAAAAGUAAAGGCCUCUGCUAUAUAUUACCUCAGUGGUGUUCGAACCCCGGGGCCGGCCUUUGUUUGCAUGGUGGUUAAUGCGAUAAAUCAAGAAUAUAAUCAGCAGUGAUAAUGAGCACAAGUUUUGAAGCUUAAUUUAAUAGCGGUGUUCAUGCUGUUUGUCUAAGUCAUUCGUUCUGAGUGUUGUUUCGUGCUGGAUUUAUCGUUCUGCUACGGGGAGAUAAUUUUGUAGCUCAUGAUCAGAUUUCAGCAGUUCUUAGUGGGUGCUGUAAAUUGGUGUUGUAAUUUAUUGAUGUAGUUAAUGCAUAGGUGGUAUUGCGAAUAAAGCGGUGUCGGUUUCGUCAAGAGUUCAGGUAUUUGGUUUAUGGUGUGAGAAUUUGAUCCUGUGUGAAUUAGGCUCGUGCGGGGUCCUAGUUUUAUCGUAAGAGAAGUUUUUCGGCUCAAUCUGUCGUGUGUAUAGUCUGAGGCGUUUGCUUGGUGAUCUUUGUAGUAUGGUACCUUUCGGUUCGGUGCUGCGUUGGAGCUUAGCUCCGCCGCUGUUCCAGUCUUUUCCUUGGUGGCAGCUCCAUAAGUCCAUCUUUGUAAGCAUCACUUGUUUUGUGUUUUAGGGUGAUUUAGUCAUGUUAUAUUGUAGCUGGCUGGUGCAUUCAGUUGAGUUUAGUCUGGUUCUGGUGUCUUAGCAGUAUUUCUGAUAUCAACAGGGUUGCUUGCUGUUUGGCCUGUGAGGCCUGAUAUGCUUAGCAUUGUAUCACAGUACUUCUUGUGCUUUCCACUUUUUAAUGCAACUUUAGCUUUUUUACA